AUCUUCUUGCUUCAUCGAUUCAUCGAAAAGUGGUGUAACGACAUUUGGCAAUAUAUAAAUAAAUAUACAUUAGUUUCCUUAACAUUAAAUUAAUUUUAGCAAGUGUAUAAAAAUGCUUUGAAUUGUCGCUUCAAAGAUCUUAAAUUGCAAUUCGAAGGUUGGAAUAAAUAAUAGUAAAAUAUUAUUGGCAACAAUAGUAAUAAGCGUGGUAGUAAAAACAAUAAAAGUAAUAAUAAUAAAAGUAAUAUUGAUAAAAACAAUAGUAAUAAUAUUUAAAACAAGGGGUAAAAUUUGAAAAACUUUUGUGUGUCUCAUAAGAUCCUAAGAACUAAUUGGAAAGCAGUAGGGGAUUUUAUCAAACAUCGAUUAAUGCUCUCCCCCAAUAACUGUCAUAAAAGCGGAAGCGAGAGACUAGUAUACAGGCAAAAGAUUUUACAAAUUUAAGACGCAGGCGCACAAUGCUAGCAGCGAAUUUGCCAGUAUGCCAAUAUGCUGGAAUGCCCGGUCAAAGCAACAAUAAUAGCACUGCUGGAUCCAAUCACAACAGUAAUACAAGCACAAAUAACAAUAACGCGAGUAGUAGUAAUCUUAGCUCCAACAGCAACGGGAAUCAAAAUACGAGUAAUUGCCACAACAAUAACAACAGCGUCAGCAACAGUGCAAAUCAUUCAAGUAGUUCGAAUAAUAAUAAUAAUAACACUUGCCCUGUUGGCAAUGGUGGUAAUGCAAAUACCCACAUUGGCUUAGUGGGCGGUGGAACGUCGGCAGCAGCAGCAAAAAAUCAAUUGGAGCAGUUGAAUACAAUGCGGGAAGCCUUGUUUUCUCAGGAUGGUUGGGGAUGCCAGCAUGUAAAUCAGGAUACAAAUUGGGAAGUGCCAAGUUCUCCAGAACCAACAAAUAAGGAUCCUUCAGGUCCACCUCUUUGGAAACCUACUAUAAAUAAUGGUACAGAUUUGUGGGAAUCAAAUCUACGGAAUGGAGGUCAACCAACUUCCCAGCCGGUUCAAAAGACACCGUGGGGUCAUACGCCAUCCACAAAUUUGGGUGGCACGUGGGGGGAGGAUGAUGAUGGGCCAGAAACAAGCAAUGUAUGGACUGGUGGUCCAGGAAAUGCUUCAGCUAACUCAGUCGUUAGUGUUGGAGUGCCUGGUGUGACUUCUAAUGCUGGAGGGCCAACAAAUGGUUCGCAGUGGGGUCAGGGAACAGCUAGUGUAGCGGCUUCCGGACAAGGCGCAAUCGCAGCACCGGGUAAUAUUCCUAAUGUAGCAUCCGGAGGUAAUGCAAAUGCAAUAGGAGUUACUGUUCCUGGUACUACUAGCAUUGCUGCUGGUUCUGCUGCUGGCAACGGUUGGGGAGAUUUGCGUGGUGGUCCUAUGGGUGGACCAUUAGAUAUGCGCAGUGUUGAUCCUCGAGAUCCUAUGCGUGCUACGUCUGCCGGGGAUCCUCGUGACUUAAGGAUGCUGGACCCACGAGAUCCUAUACGUGGUGAUCCACGAGGGAUAUCAGGUCGUCUUAACGGUACAUCUGAAAUGUGGGGUCAGCAUCACCCUAUUACUCAUAAUCAAAUAACAAACUUAAAUAAAAUGGUAGGACCAACGGUUGGAGGAAGUUCCGGCGUAGGUGCUGCAGUUGUCGCUGGAGCCGGUGGCAUCGGAGGUCCUGGAGUAGGCGCAAUUAACCCACCGAGCGGCGUAACAACCAAUGUUGUGGGGUCGCAAUGGGGCACUCCGCAGUCGGUAGUGGGACCAAAAGAUUUAACAGCGAUUACGUCAAAACCGCCGCCAGGGACAGGUUGGGAAGAGCCCUCACCACCACCACAAAGACGCAAUUUGCCUAACUAUGACGACGGUACCUCUCUAUGGGGUCAACAAUCCCGUGUACCUGGAGGUGGAUCUCAUUGGAAGGAUGUAUCAGAUCCGCGUAAUCAUAUAAUACGAACUACUAUAGGAGGUCAAAAUCCUACUAAUGCUAAUGUAGUAUCUGGUUUAGGGGGUGGAACAAGUGGUGGCAAUAACGCUAGUAAUAUCGCGCCUUCUGUUGUAGCUGCUGUAAAUGCGAAUAAUCCUAUGGGGGUUAGUUUAGGUCCGCCAGGUCGUUUGGUUGCUGGUGUUGGUGGACCUGGGAGCGUUGGCGUUAAUAUUAAUAGCAACCAGCACAAGCCUGAUAACACUAUAUGGACUCAUCCUGGUGGACCGAAUGUGGCUAGCGGUGUCGUUCGCAAUCCACCAGGCGCUUGGGCUGAUGAUAGUAAUCAUAAUGUUGUUGGUUCAGCGGCAAAUACACCAAAUUGGUCUGAUGAUAAAUCAAAUCCACCUGGCGGGGGAAUAGGACAGAUAGGUGGUGCUAAUGUAAACAACUCAACCGCUUGGAAUGACCAACCUACUGGUUCUUGGAGCAAAGGAAAUCCGACCAAAUUACCUGGUGCCAGCGGAUGGGGUGUUACGACCCCCAGCGUUACGGGUGCUAAUGAUGCCAAUGACUUAAAUCCUGCCGAUUGGAGCAGUGCGGCACAUAAUAGUAUUAUGGGUAAAUCCCAACAACAAAAAAUUAAUCCAGUCAGCAUAGCUGGCAUGAAUAAUGAGUUAAAGCAAAGUAAACAGUUUCGCAUUUUAGUGGAUGCAGGUUUCAAAAAGGAAGAUGUUGAAAGAGCUUUGAUAAAUACAAACAUGAAUAUUGAAGAAGCAACUGAAAUUUUGCGGGCGAAUAUGUCAAUAGGUAUAGAUAAUUGGAGACGACAUGAUGAUUCGCUCGGCUCUUAUGCCGAUCACGGUAACGCGAGUAAUGCUAGUUUUCCGGGUCGUUAUGCAGCUCAGGGAACGCAACCUACAAUGUCAUUCCCUCCGAGCAAUCUUCUUAACACCAUGGGUGGGACUGCCAUAGGUGCUGGCAGCAACAACCCUAACUUAAAUGCGCUCAAUUCAAUGCAACCAUUACAAGUGCAAAAGUACCUCACUCAAAGUCCGCAUAGCUUAACUGGUGGUCCUCAAUCAGUGAAUGCUGGCGCCGUAGCCUUUGGACAAGGUGCAAAUGUAGCAGCUGUAAACGCCACUGUGUCGAAUAGUACUAAUCAACCUUCUACUCAACAAUUGCGAAUGUUAGUGCAACAGAUACAAUUGGCCGUGCAUAAUGGUUAUCUCUCAAGCCAAAUAUUAAAUCAGCCUCUAGCACCUGCGACUCUUCUACUUCUCAAUCAAUUACUUAGUAAUAUUAAGCACCUGCAAGGAGCUCAACAAUCAUUACGUGGGGGUAACAAUGCCAACACUUUAGUUGCAAUUGCCAAGUAUAAGCAACAGAUACAAAGUUUGCAAAACCAAAUAAAUGCACAACAGGCAAUAUAUAUAAAACAACAGCAACAACAACAGGCAUUACAGCAAACUCAACAUCCUCCAGCUCAUAUUAAUAACACAAGCACAGAGUAUUUAAGAGGUCACGAUGCCAUAAAUGCCCUACAAGGGAAUUUUUCGGAAAUGAGCUUAAGCAAGUCGGCUAGUUAUCAGCCCGCACCUAAUCCACAAUCCAGACUAAACCAGUGGAAACUUCCCGCUUUAGAGAAGGAUAUCACAGUAGAUAGCACCGAUUUUUCUCGUGCACCUGGUGCGACUAAGCAAAACCUACCAACAAAUAAUGCAAAUAAUAUGGGACCUUUAGGCUUACAAGGCGAUGGGACCUGGUCUACAGGACGUAGUAUUAAUGAUGGAUGGCCUGAUCCCACGAAUGAUAGUGAGAAUAAAGACUGGUCAGUUGGACAAUCUUCAACUGCUGCGGCAACAUACACAGAUUUGGUACAGGAAUUUGAGCCUGGCAAACCUUGGAAGGGUCCACAGAUAAAAAGUAUUGAAGAUGACCCAAGUAUAACUCCUGGUAGUGUUGCGAGGUCCCCGUUGUCUAUCAAUCCGACGCCAAAAGAUGCUGAUCUUUUUGCUAAUGCAAGCAAAAAUUCCCCGACUGAUUUGCCAUCAUUAGGAUUAACAACCUCGUCAACGUGGAGUUUUAAUCCUUCAACAAGCAAUCAGAACUUUCCAAGUUGGUCUGAUAAUUCACAACCCGAAUUAUGGACAUCCAUGAAUAAAUCUCGUGGUCCUCCUCCCGGCUUAGCUGCAAGUAAAUCUGCUGUCGUAAGCGGAGUUCCCACGGUAUCAAAUCCCUCAUCAGUGAUUGGUGGUAAUUCAAAUGGUUGGCUAGGAGGCCGUGGCUCCGGUGGAUGGUCAGGGACAAAUUCAAGCUGGAACUCUAAUUGGCUACUGCUUAAAAAUCUAACCGCACAGAUUGAUAGCUCAACAUUACGUACCUUAUGCAUGCAGCAUGGACCGCUGUUAAGAUUUCAUUUGUAUUUAAAUCAGGGAAUUGCCUUAUGUAAAUAUGCAACCCGUGAGGAAGCCAGUAAAGCACAAAUGACUUUAAAUAAUUGCUUUUUGGGUAAUACUACAAUAUGCGCAGAGUCACCCAGCGAGAAUGAGGUUGAUAGUAUAUUGCAUCACUUGCCGCAAAGUAAUAGUGGCGUCACUUCAUCUGGAGGUAAUGGUGGUAAUGGGGCGGGCGUAAACAACGGUGGAAACAAUGUUGUAAAUGUAGGCACAAGUGGUGGAAAUAGUAGUAGUACGGGCAGUAGUGGAAACAAUUGCGCCACUAGUGCAUCAGUCAAUGCAGUUAAUGGUGCAACUAGCGUUGGUAGCAAUAAUCCGAACAACGUUACGCAAACAGCUGUUGGUAGUGGCAACGUUGGUGGCACCGGAUCAAAUUGUGGUCCCGGUCAAAGUAGCGCUGGCCACAAUAGCAAUCCUAAUAAUCCAGGCCAAAACAAUGCAGGAGCUGGCACAAAUGCCAACAGUUCCGCUUGGCGGCAGCAAGUCCAGAAUGCAACAAAUCAAAAUCGACCGACCGGCCGCGAUGACUUUGAAUUUAUUUCUCAGUAUGUUUGUUCAAUAGUGGAUGACUAGAUAAGGCUUAAAGAGCAUCGUAUAGGACAGCAUUCUAUAAAAAAUUUUUACAUAUAAGACAAACAAAAAAGGAAAGAAAAAUACACAAUUUAUUAAACCCAGCGACAAAAAGACUGUUUUGCGACAAGCUCUUUUAUAUCCAAAUGAAAGGGUUACAAACUGUUCCCAUCCUGUAACACUAUUAGUAAUUGCGAAAACCCAAACAAUUAGAAAACAAUACGAACAAAUACAUAAUAUACAAACAAAUGUAUUAAAGCAUAAAUAUCUUGACGGAAAGUAAAAUAGUGAAACUGUGUACGUAAAAAGAGUUGUAAGUGUAAGACAAAUGAAGUGGUCACAUUUCGAAAAAGGAGAACGGAAAUAUUUUGUUAGUUGUUAGCGUAAUGUAUAUAAAAUUUUUCGAUGCGACAGUUCAUCAUUCAUUCAUUGUUAGAAACUUUUAUAAUUGAAAGUGUGCAAACUUGUUCGGUUUUUUCUGUCAUUUUUAUUUCGUUUUACGUCUCUGAUUAUUAAAUAGUAAACAGAGCAAGGCAGUAGGCGCAUAUAUCUUCGCUGAAAAUAUAGGAAUGUAAUGGUUGCGAUUCACUUUAUAAAGCGGCAAAAAGAAAAUCAUGGCAAAAUAACCUAUGUUAUUUAUUUUUCUAAGAUGUUCGUUUUUAUAGCCCAAAGACAAAAUUUUCAUUACCGUCUUACCUUCCUCUUUCAUAUACUUCUUAGUUUUACUAGCGGUGGGUGAAUUAUCUGAAGAUCAUCUAUAAUAACUUUUUUUUAGCUCGGUACAUUUUUUUAACUAUGUAGUACGAUAUAUUACUCAUUUUGUGAUUUUAUCAAAACCCAUUAAAAGUUUUUAUUAUAACAUAAACUAAAUAUUGAUUUGAUUUAGCGAUGAUAAUUUGAAUUGUUUAAAAAUCUAUAAAUAAAAUAAAGAACAAUAUAUACCACGGAUUUGCAAAGAAUAAGUUACUUUUAUUUCAGUCGAUUAAAUUAAACUUUAAUGUAAUGUUUUCUUUUUGUUGUACUAUAAUUUAUAAACCACGAAACCAAUUUAAUUUACAGUUACUAACUGAAUGGUGUUUAAAAAAGAUUUGUAAUUUAUUAAUCAUACCAAAUGAACUAACUUGUGCUUAUAACUAAACGGUUGUAAGUUAUCCAAGGUUAAAAAUUUGAUAACAGAGAAGUCGUAGAUUGCUACGGAGUUACAACUUUUGUCGCUGGGAUUGUAUUUGCU